GGAUGGAAUUACACUAAACGAGCAUUCUCGAUAAAAUAAAAAUUUAUAGCAUAGAAAUCUGACAAACGGGAACAUUGUCGCGGGAGCAAAACCUUAUAUCUCUGAGCGUCAUUGUUUUUAUCAUUUAUACAUUUAAGUUGAACAUUCCAUUCCGAAAAGUUUGAUUUCGCAUGUCAACUACAAAUCUACUUUUUGACACUUUAUGGCGCCAAAGCGCACGGUGACGGCUUGGGGUUCUUGGUGAUUUUGUUUACUUUGUUUUAAAAUCGGCGCCGAUAUUCUGAUAUUGUCGACAAUUGGUAUGCGGCUUUUGGCAAUGAUAGGCCGAUCUGCUGCGCUCUUCGUUUUUCACAAUGUCUCUGAAAACGCAAAUAAAUGGAUUCACUGCAUGGAUCAACUUACGUUUAGUACCAUAUGGAUCUCUUCUCACAAACGUUCUUACAGAUUUAAUGAAAGGAAGUCAUUUGCAGCAGCUACUCCAUAGCUUGACCGGAAAAACACUCAAAAAACAGUCACUGGACGGUUUGACGCAACAGCAGAAAGUAACAAGAGUUGAGUGGUUUGUUGAAGAAUUGAAAAAGUCUGAAGUUUUACCAGAUAAUGUUAAGAUUGACGCAAGACUGGUCGCACAAAGGGUUGCAGAUCAUGUAUUUGAUCUAUUAUGGAGACUUGUGUCACAUGAUAUUUGGUUCACAUGGGAAAGAAUGGAAUUCUUGCAAAGUGAUGAUGCUCAUUUAUUAUCAGAAAUUGCAUUUCAGUGGACCCCAGAACCCCCACCAAAGAAAAAGAAAAGAAGAGUAACUCGGACUAAUGAUUCCAUGUUGAUGGGAUUUGGUGGAUCCGCAUCUGUUGUUGAACCUGACAGCCCAUCUCCAGAAAAUCUUGAGGGUUAUGAUGCUUUUCCUGGUAGCGACAAAAUGAAAAGUUUUAAAUCAAGACCAAAAGGAGGAUGGUACAGUUAUCCAUCACCAGAUGAUUGUAUUUUAGAUAUGAUCAAUUCACAACUCAUGCGAGUUUCAGAAGCGAAACUGACUGUUUAUAGUCUUGAUGAUCUUGUUGAUAGUAGAGCAUUAUGUGGACUUAUUAAUUCAUUUGUUCCUGGUACUUUCACGACAGAAAUUAUGUUAAAUGACAGGUGGACAAUUAAUCUUGCAUUAGAAACAAUCGGGAAAAUGUUGAGAGCCACAAACCCAAUGGGAUCGGAAGAUAUAUCAGAAGCUGAUCCGAAGUCAAUUUGUUCUUUUCUUUGUUUCUUUUUUAUGUGCAGCUACAAAUACAAACAAUCGAAAGCAGUUAUUGAACGUUUGAAAGAAUUGAAGUUACUGAUCAGAGAAGAAGAAUCUGAAAUAGCAAAAUUUCCUGAAACAAUCAAAUUAGUACAAGAUCUCCGGAAUAAACAACAAUUAGAAAGUUUAUUGGAAGAUAAUCAGAGAGAACAAGAAAUUUUGAAUGACAGUUACGAUAUUGAAUACAUCAUGGAAUGGUUGAAUUAUGUACAACAGAUACAGGAUGAAACAAGAAAUAUAAUUUCGGAAAAAAUGAGAACAAGAUUUGAUCUUAUUCAUAUUCCACGGCAUAUGACAAUCAAUGAAUUAUGUCUGGCACUUGUUAUAAAUUUGCAAUUAACACAAGGAUCAGGAUUCUACAGAGCAUAUGAACAUGAAGGUUGUGCACCUGAUCGUAGAAUUGUUUUGAGGAAAAAGAGCACUAAGGAAUUUUUAGAUGAUUUUACAGGUGUUGAAAAUUCAAAAAAUGUUCGCGAUUUGUUGGGAAUGCCAAGACAUGAGAUGGCUGUAUUGGAACCUGAGAAAUACAAAGAUUAUGAGAUAUAUAUUGAAAGCAAUUCAAGAAACAAGACACUUCACGCUGGAUCCACGUUUCUUUACCAAAUAUUUCCUGGCAACACUGCUCAGUGGCAACGAAUGUUUUUUAAAGCUGUAAAGGAAGGUGACAAAGCUAUUGUUGAAAAAAUGGUUGAUUUUUUUGAUAAAUCCCAUCCGGAUUUUAUUAAAUCCAAAGAAUCAAACUAUGGGAACACUGUUCUUCAUACUGCUGCACGAUUUGGUCAUUUUGAUAUUUGUCAGUUCUUAUUGCGAAAAGGAUGUGCAGUAAAUACAAAAAAUGUGUCAGGUUGUACGCCAUUAUUUCUUGCAACCGAGGGUCUUCAUAAACAAGUGUCCAAGCUCCUGAUUGAAUGGGGAUGUAAUGUGAGAGCAAAAAAUUCAAGAUGCCAAAAUGCAUUUGAUAUUAUGAGAAAUGAAGAAAUGAAAGAGUUAUUACAAUCUUCUGGAAGGUAUUGGUUAUCUGCUGUCCCAGAAAUUGUGAUUGGGAAUGUAUCCACACUCCAGAGAGUUGUGAAAGAUCAUAUGUUAGGCAUACACGAAAUGGUUGAUGCAGAAGCAAGAUGUAUAAGAGGAAGUACACUGCUUCAUACUGCCGUACAUUUUUCACAAGUUGAAACCAUCGAGAAUCUUCUGAAAUUACGUGUAAAUGUUAAUUUGCAAGAUUAUCAAGGAGCUGUUCCUUUGCAUAGAGUUAAAAAACUGGAUGUACUGAAGCUUUUGCUAGAAAGCAACGCAGACAUAACUGCUGCAGAUUGUGAAGGGAAUACAGCUUUACAUGUUUUAUGUUAUGGUGAUGAAAACCAAGAAAGUUUUCUUGAUGGAAUUUCUUACAUGAUAAGCGGAGGAGCAGAUUUAUUUUGCCGUAAUUCCAGAGAGUUGAUGCCAAUUCAUUGUGCUGCUAUGCAGGGUCGCAAGGAUACCAUUGAAUUACUCUUAGAUACAGAUGAAGGAUCAAUAAGAAAUGAAAUUGAAAAAGAAACAAAGAAAAAUCCACCAAGUCUUCCUUACCUUGCUGUCGCUGGUGAUCAUUUAGAAUGUUCUCAAUGGCUUGUGGAAAGAGGCUUCUUUUUCAAACCCGGAGAAACUGAUCGUGUGUUUUAUAAAAUAUUGACAGAACAAUUGAUCGUAGAUGAUCGAGCUUCCAUGUCUGAAUUUCUUUUAGAGAAUGAUGCUUCUGUCAAAUUGAAAUAUGAAGGUGGAGAUACAUGUUUACAUCUUGCUCUCCAAAUGUCCGGUCCUACUGAUAUAUUGGAGAUUUUAUUAAAACAUGGUGCUAAAGUUAAUGCAAAUAAUGAUAAUAAAGCAACUCCAUUAUUCUAUGCAAUGCAACUUAAUAAAUUUUAUGGAGCAAGCCUUUUACUUCAGGAAGGAGGUAGUGUCCAUGCAAAAAACAACUCGGGGUUAACUGCACUUGAUUACGUUCAUGAUUUUGAAGAAUGGAUUUCUUGUAAAUAUUUUUCUGAUGAAGUUGUGGCAAGAUUGAAAGCCUAUAGAUAUAAACAUGAACGAGAGUUGGUUCGUGUGAUCAGCAAAAAAAUAAAAUCAGAAUCACAACUUGAAAGAGCUUUAGAGAAACAGAAGGACAAUAUAUUGGGUGCCAGAUUGAUUCAGAAUCCAAAUUUAAUAUCAGACAGUAUUCUCGACCAUUUUCGUAAACGUCUAAAGCUUGAGACUCCUGAUCCACCAUCAAGCAGACCUGCUACAACCGACGUUAUGAUACGACCAAGAUUUUUAUCAAGAAGUUUUCCUGGUCGAGUUGUACCGAAUGCAUCAGGGUCUGCAACAACAAGCGUUCGGACUCCGACACCUCGCUCGUUAAUUCAUGUAAAAAUAACCAAGAAUUUAACUUUACCACCUCUUGUACAAAGUAGUACCUUUUAGUUAACACACAUAUGUUGGCAUGGAAAGCCAGCUCGAAAGUAUUUCACUGUUAUCAACAUUUUAUUGCUUCCACAACUAUUAAAUGAGAAAUUUGUUUGUAAGAACUUUUUCAUUAUGAUUGAAUUUUAAAAUGAUAUUCCAUUUUAUUUUACCUAUAAUUUUUUUUUAUAAAUGAAUUGAGCUUGAUAAUGGAGCUAGUUCAAUAGAACCACAGUCAGGAUUUCUAUCUUGUAAAAAAUUAUGAUAUAUGCCCGCUUUAUCAUGUUAUACCAAAUUAUUGUUUUCAAAGCAUUCGCGAAAUUUAAUUGUAAAAAAAUUAAUUUUUCUAUUUAUUCAUUUUAAAAUCCAGUGAUUUUCAACCCUUGAAAAACAUUCAGGCUUUCCGCGUCAAAUUGUUGUUUCCCAAGUGGAGCACAUUCGAUUCUGAGAUUAGUGUGUUACAUGAUAAUAGACGUUUCCAUACAUAUAGGUUUAAAAAAUGAAUGAAAAUUGACUAAUGGCACAUACAACUUUAAAUGUGUUUUACAUAUAUAAAUUUCAAUUGAUAAGUAUGCCUUAGCUCAUUGGCCAUUGUCAUCAUAAUGAACAAAGAAGUCCAUGCUCUGGUAAACAUUCAUCAACAAUGCAAACUCUGAAAUUCCAUAAUAAUGGAUAUUUUCAUUUGGUUUUUUGCAAAUAUUUAUGAUAUUAAGUGUUCUGGAGUUCAAAAGAGGCGGGAAAUCACUGGUAUAUUCUAUUCAAAUAUGUGUCUCUACACUAUAUGUCACAGAUAAUAUUGAUACACACUGCUACGAUUCAUACCAAACUAUCAUUCACUGUCUCGUUAUAUAUAUUUGUGUAUUCCUUUCUUGUUUUUAAUGUAAUUAUGACUGCAAUUCUUGAAUAAUUUACCUAUCGUGCCAACUUGUUCUUUCUACCUGUGUAGCUCGUAAAGUGAAAUAACAUGCAUGAGAUUAUUAAAUUAUUACCUACGA